UCCCCCGCGCAUGUACCCGGGUGGUGCGGUCCGCUGUACGUGCCGGCCGCGCCGGGGCCGCGGGAGCCGCCAGCGCCAGACGGGCCGGAGAGGCGCUGGAGGAGCUGGACAGGGCCAUACAACCAAAACUCUUUGAAUUGUCUCAAGGGACACUUUCCCUGCUGCUCACCACCCUCCGUGCUGGAGCUCACAGGCCCCACCAGCUCUCGUUUGCAGACCCAUAGGUGCAAGUGCCUCUGAGUGCCAUGGGGGAGCCCAGCAUGGACCCAACCCUUGCUGCUGACAGCACUGCACAGCAAGACUCUCUCUUCAGCAUGACAGAUGUGUUCCUCAUCUCCCUCAUCACUGGACUUUUUACCUACUGGUUCUUCUUCCGCAAGAAAAAGGAGGAAGUGCCCGAGCUCCCCAAAAUGCAGACAAUAGCAGCUCCAGUGAGAGACAGCAGCUUCAUUGAGAAGAUGAAGAAGACAGGUCGAAAUAUCGUGGUUUUCUAUGGUUCCCAGACGGGCACAGCAGAGGAGUUUGCCAAUCGUCUCGCCAAAGAUGCCCAUCGCUACGGCCUCCGGGGCAUGGCAGCAGAUCCAGAGGAGUAUGACCUGUCGGACCUGAGUCGCCUCUCUGAGAUUGACAAGUCCUUGGCAGUGUUCUGCAUGGCCACCUAUGGAGAGGGGGAUCCCACAGAUAAUGCCCAGGAUUUCUAUGACUGGCUGCAGGAGGCUGAUGCCGACCUCUCAGGUCUCCGGUUUGCAGUCUUUGGGCUGGGGAACAAAACUUAUGAGCACUUCAAUGCCAUGGGGAAGUACGUGGACAAGAGGCUGGAGGAGCUUGGAGCGCAGCGCAUCUUUGAGCUGGGGCUGGGAGAUGACGAUGGCAACCUGGAAGAAGACUUCAUCACCUGGAGAGAGCAGUUCUGGCCAGCAGUGUGUGAGCACUUCGGGGUGGAGGCUACAGGAGAAGAGUCCAGCAUCCGUCAGUACGAGCUGGUGGUGCACACAGAUGUGAACAUGAACAAAGUCUACACGGGGGAGAUGGGCAGACUCAAGAGCUACGAAAACCAGAAGCCCCCGUUUGAUGCCAAGAACCCCUUCCUGGCUCAGGUCACGGAGAACCGCAAGCUGAACGAGGGUGGAGAGCGACACUUGAUGCACCUGGAGCUGGAUAUCUCCAAUUCCAAAAUCAGGUAUGAGUCUGGGGACCACGUGGCUGUGUACCCAGCCAACGACUCCUCCCUGGUGAACCAGAUUGGUGAGAUCCUGGGCACAGACCUGGACACUGUCAUGUCCCUAAACAACUUGGAUGAGGAAUCCAACAAGAAGCAUCCCUUCCCCUGCCCCACAUCCUACCGGACAGCCCUGACCUACUACCUGGACAUCACCAACCCUCCCCGCACCAACGUGCUCUACGAGCUGGCCCAGUACGCCUCGGACAGCGGCGAGCAGGAGCGCCUGCGCAAAAUGGCCUCGUCUGCUGCUGAGGGCAAGGAGCUGUACCUCAGCUGGGUGGUGGAGGCCCGCAGGAACAUCCUGGCCAUCCUGCAGGACAUGCCCUCCCUGCGCCCCCCCAUCGACCACCUGUGCGAGCUCCUGCCCCGCCUGCAGGCCCGCUACUACUCCAUCGCCUCCUCCUCCAAGGUCCAUCCCAACUCCAUCCACAUCUGUGCCGUGACGGUGGAGUACGAGACCAAGACGGGUCGCCUGAACAAAGGGGUGGCCACCAGCUGGCUCAGGAGCAAGGUGCCUGGGCAGCAGGGGAGCAGCUCCCUGGUGCCCAUGUACGUGCGCAAGUCGCAGUUCCGGCUGCCCUUCAAGCCCAGCACGCCCGUGAUCAUGAUCGGGCCGGGCACCGGCAUCGCGCCCUUCCUCGGCUUCAUUCAGGAGCGGGCCUGGCUCAAGCAGCAGGGCAAGGAGGUGGGUGAGACAGUGCUUUACUAUGGCUGCCGCCACGAGCGCGAGGACUACCUGUACCGGGAGGAGCUGGCCCGCUUCCAGAAGGAGGGAGUGCUCACCCAGCUCAAUGUGGCCUUCUCCAGGGACCAGGCUGAGAAGGUUUAUGUCCAGCACUUACUGAAGAAGAACAAGGAGAAUGUCUGGAAGCUGGUUAACGACGGGAUGGCUCACAUCUACGUGUGUGGCGAUGCCCGGAACAUGGCCCGGGAUGUGCAGAACACCUUCUACGAGAUCGUGUCCGAGUUUGGGAACAUGAGCCAGCCCCAGGCCGUGGACUAUGUAAAGAAACUGAUGACAAAGGGCCGCUACUCCCUGGAUGUGUGGAGCUAAGAGCGGGGCUGGCGGGGCCGGGGAGAGAACAGGUCCCCAGGCGUGGGCCAGGGGAGCUGGCAAGUGCCUGCUCGCCCACUGCUGCUGUGGGUGACGGUGUGGUCCCCAACCCACAGCUACCCCAGUGUCACUCCCAACCCUCCCUGGGCCUCGGCCUUCCCUUGGGGCAGGCUGGGCACCCAGGGGGUGGAAAGGGUUGAGAGGGGCAGGGGGGUAGCUCAGGCUGCUGUCCAGGAGCUGUGGUGUCACCGGUGUCACCGGCACCUCUGGGUGCAGCCCGUGGCACCAGCGUUGGCCUUGAGGCCAGGGACAUCAGGGACAUAGCCACGAAGGACAGACACUGCCAGGGAGUGCUUCCCUGGACACGAGGUGUUGCCUUAUCCCCGGGGCUGGAGACCAGCCUGGCCUGCAGGGACAGCAGGGGCUGGAGGGGCUGUGCUGGUGCUGGGAUUGCAGCUUUGCCUCCCUCCUGCCACCCCUGUCUGCCCAGCUCUGACAUGUGGGGCUGGCACUGGCUCUGGGCACAGAGCUGUCCCAUGGCCCCAGCAGCAUAUCCUGCUCCAUUCCUGCUGCCUGCCCUGGCUCCAGCAGCAGGGGAAAGCUCCUCUCCCUGUGGAAUACAGCCAGUUUGGAGGUGGGGUCUCAGCCCGUGGGGGCCCUGCCUGCUCCCCUGAGCCCAGCCCCUCCCUCACACCAUGUACGGUCAUUUUUUAAAUACGGUUUUUAUUUUGAACAUCUUUGUGAUUUUAGCAUGGAAAAGAGAAAAAAAAAAAAAAAAACAAAACCAAAAAACAACAACAGAAACCCCAGACUUCCAGGCUGUCCAAUGAUUGUAAAUUAUUUAAAUACAUUUACCCUUGGAAUAAAAA